CCAAACAGUUUCGUGCACUUCCGUUUCCCUCUCGGCUUUCUUAUCGUCGGUGUCCCGGCGGGUCCGGAGCCGGUCCCCGCGGAGGCGGCGGCGGCGCCAUGGCGGAGCUGACGGCUCUGGAGAGUCUCAUCGAGAUGGGCUUCCCCAGGGGACGCGCGGAGAAGGCUCUGGCCCUCACAGGGAACCAGGGUAUCGAAGCGGCGAUGGACUGGUUGAUGGAGCACGAAGACGACCCCGAUGUGGACGAGCCUCUGCAGGCCCCGCUUGGACAUAUUCUGGGACGGGAGCCCACCUCCUUGGAGCAAAGUGGCGCCGCAGGCCCUGGGUCUGCUGCUGGCGAGGGCAAACCCGCGCUGAGUGAGGAGGAAAGGCAGGAACAGACCAAGAGGAUGAUGGAGCUGGUGGCCCAGAAGCAGCGGGAGCGGGAAGAACGAGAGGAGCGGGAAGCCUUGGAGCGGGAGCGGCAGCGCAGGAGGCAAGGGCAGGAGCUGUCAGCGGCCCGCCAGCGGCUGCAGGAAGGCGAGAUGCGCCGGGCCGCGGAGGAGCGGAGGCGGGAGAAGGCCGAGGAGUUAGCAGCCAGACAGAGGGUUCGUGAGAAGAUUGAGAGAGACAAAGCGGAGAGAGCCAAGAAGUAUGGUGGCAGUGUGGGUUCGCAGCCAACCCCACCAGCGACAGAGCCAGGUCCUGUUCCCUCCUCUCCCAGCCAGGAGCCCCCCAGCAAGCGCGAGUACGACCAGUGUCGCAUCCAGGUCAGGCUGCCAGAUGGGACCUCACUGACCCAGACCUUCCGGGCCCGGGAACAGCUGGCAGCUGUGAGGCUCUAUGUGGAGCUCCACCGUGGGGAGGAACCUGGGGGAGGCCAGGACCCUGUGCAGCUGCUCAGUGGCUUCCCCAGGCGGGCCUUCUCAGAGGCUGACAUGGAGCGGCCUCUGCAGGAGCUGGGACUCGUGCCUUCUGCUGUUCUCAUUGUGGCCAAGAAAUGUCCCAGCUGAGGCCUUUUUCCCACCGUUCUUCUCUGAUCUUUUCAUCUUUGAUAAAGCACUGACAUCUCCCGCUAAUAAACAGACCCGCUGAGUUCUCUAUA